GUAAAAAACAAGCAGAGGGUUGGGUGUACGCAUACCAGUUGUGCCAUCUGUGAAAUGAGUUCAUACGGGCGAGAAGAACAGAAAAAGCCACGACUAUUGUUUUAGCCUCAGGGGUACAGGUAAAGGGGAACCAGAGUUUGAAGAUAGGAAAAAUACAGGAAACUGUAACCUGAACUGUGUUUUAUUGCCGGAGUUUAACGGUUGAAUCGCCUUAGUUUAUGCGUAAACCUCAACAUACCCUCAUGUGAGGGGUUAGAAUGGAAACAACCCUCUACCCUUGUAAUGUGUUGAAUACUCGAGGGAUUUCAAGCCUCUAUUCCUACAACAGCAUGAUGAAGAAAGAAAUUAGUCUAAACCUGGAUGACCAAAGCUCGAUUCUGAAACCGAAUCUCCGGGACGCAGAGGGAAUUCUGAACUCCCCGGACUUGGGACUCUUGAAAUUGGCGACUCCGGACCUUGAACGAUUGAUUAUCCAAUCGAAUGGAAUGGUUACCACGAUCCCAACCUCUCAGUUCCUCUACCCAAAGUCAGCCAGUGACGAACAGGAAUUUGCCGAAGGCUUCGUGAAGGCGCUUGAGGAUCUUCACAAGCAGAACCAGCUGAGCGAGGGGACGUGCGUACCGCCGGACAGACUGGACCUCAUCAGCUCCAACGCAGCCCCAAUCGGCUUGCCGUCAGAUCUGCCAGUGUACACGACGUUGAACGGCUAUGGUAAUAGCCCACUGGGCAGCACAGUGAAUUAUUCCACGGAUACAAUUCCAUUCCCACCACCACCUUCUCAUCUGAUGAGCGCGCAUCAACAGGCGGCUGCGGCGGCUCUGUCACGACUCCAGGCGUUGAAGGACGAGCCGCAGACGGUCCCCGACAUGCAGUGCUUUGGAGACAGCCCGCCUUUGUCUCCUAUUGACAUGGACAACCAGGAGCGCAUCAAAGCAGAGAGGAAAAAGCUGCGCAACAGAAUAGCGGCGUCCAAGUGCCGUAAAAGAAAACUGGAGAGAAUAUCCCGUCUUGAAGACAAGGUCAAAAACCUUAAGACACAGAACACUGAACUGGCCUCCACAGCCAGUGUGCUUAGAGAGCAAGUGGCCCAGUUGAAACAAAAGGUUAUGAACCAUGUCAGUAAUGGGUGUCAACUUCUCCCAAACCAAGAUCAAGCUUACUAGAGGACAAUGUAGGCCUAUGAGGUACCCACCACCAUGGGGUUCGUUAUCCUUUGGGGAUAUGGACUAACUGAAACCCAGUAGGCUAUUUGCCUGUUCUAAUAGAAUACAAACUCGUUGCUGAAAAUCCAUUAGAACUGGAACACUAUGGGUCUCUCUUAAAAAAUGUGGCUAACAGACUAAUUUUGCUGCCCUCUUCAGAGGAAAAUGCACUAUCAGCUCUCCAAUGGACAAUAAUACAUAGCCGAACAAGGAUAGCAUUAUCUGCAUGUAAACUGGACAAUCUCAAUGAGUGCACCUAAACACCAGAAUGUCAGUGAGCGCAUGUCAUCCACUGUGUAAUAUAUAAUGCCUUACUUGUUUACAAGCACUUAUUUACCAAUGACAAAUGUAUAUUUUAUUUACUAAAACAUGUCUUAUUUUGCAUACUGUCUUUUAUAUUUUCUGCAAAUAUGAAUUGUGCAUGUCUUGUAAGCUCGUGUUGGCUACAGUAAUUUAAUGUUGUGCAACUCUGUGUAUCUGUCGCUAUCCAUGAAUGUAGCCUUCGUUGUUGGCCCUAUGUAGCCAUUUUGAACGGGAUUUGACCUCUCAAAGCUGUUUUAUUAAAUUCUAUGAAUUGUUUAUUCUGUUGUCAAA